AUGCUCCUCACGGCCGCGGAGGACUCGCCGGCCAUAGUCAAGCGACUCCUCGAAGCUGGCGGUCCCCCGGAGUCGGUGUGGUCAAGACUUGAAGUCUCAGAUCCCCAGGGAUUGAAGGUCCUAGACGAGGACGCUAUGCUAACCGAAGAAAGUGAGACUCGACCUCAGCAGCAGCGAAUUGAGAGUGCAUUCAAAGUGGACUGGACGCCAUUAAUGGUGACGUGUCAGAUGGGACAUCUGGAGGUUGUCACCAUGCUGGUCAAUGCAGGGGCGAACCCGGCCCCCAAAGCCCUUUGUUUAAGACAGCUCUGGAAAUUGCGAAAGAGAACGGCAGAUUAG